CAGCAACUUCGGUGCCAUCCUCUAGUGUGCCAAAAUAUACAUUUCCAGAUCCUCCUUCAACGAGAACUGUUCCAAAGUUCCCCGUUAUCCUCUCAAGUUCUCCAUAUUUAAAAGGUCCAUCCUUUAAGUUCAACAUCUUUUCCCUAGUACCAGCGACGGCGAGCCGGCUGACUAAAGCUCUGAUGCAGCCGUCAAUAUAGUCACGUGGUGCUGAUGGUGAUGAUGCUGGAGAUUGAGGAAAAGCGUGGUUGAAAUCAUCAGGAUCUUGAGCGGGAUCAAAGGUUCCCGUUUCAGGGGUGUUUGAUUUAUGAACCGCUAAUUGCUCUCCUGUUGCUUGCGGAAUGCUGCUCUUUCUUCUACUCGGAAGCGUGAAAGCUACUCGCCCUCUGCUUCUCUCCUUGCUCUGGUAAACCGUGAAGCCAAAGAGUACACUUGGAGCUGAAAGCAGUGAAGAAUCUAGAACUUCUAUGCCCACGUGGGAAUCCUCUGCAAAUUCUGAUGUGCAAGAUAGCCUAGGACUUGGACUUGAUGAGCAGAAGGUCCGAGCUUUUGCAGCUUCAAAAUUCGGGGCAAGAGAACUCCGUUCCCUGAUUUUUAAGGGGGGAGGUUUGAUUACUUUGGCAAAGAUUUCUCAGCUGAUUGCAAGAAGAUUAUCGGGGAAAGUCCUCUUAGAAGCUGCUAACUAUCAGAUAAGAAAGGAAGUUGUCAAGAAAGUGAAAGGAUCUUCUGGUAAUCAGAUUCAAGAUUCUCAUGACAAGAUCAGUGAGAAAUUUCAGUGUAUGGCUCACCAUAAGGGUUUUCAUCGGUUUUGCUUUACUAACAAGUCUCCUUAUCAUGAAAUCAUCGACUUUGAUGUACAUGUUGGCCAUUUUGCAUACUACGAUCACCAUGCAAAGGACGAGCAUAUCAACCCCUUGUUGGAACAGAUAGGGAAGUUGGAGGAGGCUCUCUCCAACAUUCAGUUUGAGCAGCAUUGGCUGGAGGCUCAGACUGAGCAUCAAGCAAUUGGUAAAAUAUUUUAUGUCAAGUCCUCUUGCUAUUCCAACCUUGUUUCAUCUUGAACGGAAAUAACUUUCCUAUUUAAUGCUGAGUGGACCACCAUAGUUUGAUUAG